GUGAUAUGAAUAUGUUGUAAUAUAUGAAGUUAAACUUGAUAUAUAUGUAACCAGUUGCUCAUACUGAUCGAUUUCAUUAUAAACGUGAAAUUGAAAAGUGACAUUCAAGGACAACAACAGCUGUUCAGCUUUGUAUAAAAUGUAUUGAGAACUGACUUAGUAAGAUUUAGUAAUAGGCAUGUUACCUUCUUGGUUUGAAUUAAGAACCUAGUCGUUUAUCAUCUAUAUAAAAAGUCAGGAUCAUUAUUUAUUAUGGAUGACACCAUAUCAUGUUGCUAAUUGGAAAAGAAAUCAGUCAGCAAAAUAUCCGUUUGAAUAUAAAAAUUAAUUUGACUAUCCGAUUUUGAAGAGAGAAAAAAAAGUUUUCUGUGGCUUAGAUGUUAGUUUAUGCACUGACGAUAAAUUUUUGUUUAGGAUUUUUAAAUAUCUUUUUCCAUACUGUGAGAUUGAAACUGUUCAAAAUAAGUGUAAUUAUGAAAACUUCGAAAGCCAUGACAAAUUGCUUAUAAUAAUUGAAGGCUGUCUUCCUUUAUCUGUAUUGCUGAGAAUUAUCUAUUAAAAUAACCAGCUUAUUGAGACUUUGUCAUCAUUCCUCGGUAAUAGUGGUCCUUGAAGGCGAUAAAACACAAGACAUUGAUAUUUAUAGGACCGGACAUCAGUGAAUAAUUGACACUUAAUAACAUAGGGUGAUGACGUACAUUGUAUUAAGCCAAUUCUAUAACCAACCUUUUUGUGGUAAAAAAGAAGCUUGCAAGUUUCUAUAGACAUCUUCAUCAUACAGACAGUUAGUGGAAAGACGUCUUAAUUGUCGACCGUCCGCACGUGUUGUCAAUUGUUUAUCCCUAUUACACUAAUUGGAUUAUAAAUUAAUUUCUUAAAAACUCAAACGUAUUACAUACCUGUUACUAACUAAUCACACUAUUGAAUAUCAUUAAAUUUUGAUAAUAACAAUACCAGAUGAAUAUGUUACAUUUAAUUGGCUCGAAUUAAUUGUAUUGAAAUAAGUAAUUCAAAAACUUUUAAAUUUGAUCGCAAGAUGUUGUAUGGCUAUACAAACGAACGGUUAGCGUAUUCCAUUAUAUCAGUAUUGCUAUUUAUACAUGCGUUGCUCUUAAAACCGGGGAAUUGUAAAAUUAACGACGUGGAAUCGAAUCCUAACACUGCUGGUAGUGACGUAACACAAAAAAGGGGAGUUUUCAAUUUAUACCCGCAUAAUAGAAUUGUUCCGAAAAACAAUACACAUUUCAAUAAUAGCCACUUAUCUGGUAAAUUGAAUGUUUCAAGUUGGAAUUUUACUGGAAUGGAGUUGUGUUAUUUAUUGUUCGGAUCAGACCCAGAUAAUGGAAACAGUUAUUGUAACAUGACAUGGGAUGGUCUGUCUUGUUGGCCUGCCAGUCUUGUCGGAGAGUUUUCCAUUAUACAAUGUCCUCAGGAUAUGCAAGGAGUAGACAGUACACAAAAUGCAUCAAGAUUAUGUACAACUAAUGGAACCUGGGCAUUGAAAUCUGACUACAACAGUUGUUUGACAGAUACAAACCCAAAAGACUUGUACAAUGGAGUGGAGUCUGUCCAUGAAUACUCACGACGAAUUAUCUAUAACCUAGGUUUCAUAGUCUCCACGAUCACACUCAUCAUUGCGUUAUUUAUUUUCUUGUACUUCAGGAGUUUGCGAUGUUUGCGGAAUAUAAUUCAUAGCCAUCUGAUAGCAACGUUUAUUCUGCGUAACUUGCUUUGGAUCAUGAUGCAGCAUACAUUAUGGCCAAUCGUACAAGCUGACGAGAAGUGGGCAUGUAAACUAGAGGUAGCAUUGUUUAACUAUGCUCAAAUGACAAACUUUUUCUGGAUGCUAGUAGAAGGACUAUACUUACAUAUUAUUAUUGUCUGGACUUACUCUGCAGAUAAGAUUAGAAAGUGGUACUUCAUCAUUAUAGGAUGGUGCUUACCGGCUGUUAUAAUUGCAAUUUGGGUGACUUUGCGGACACAAGUAACAGCAGAUGAAACUAAUGAUGUAGCAGCGUGUUUCAUGCCAAAGUCUAAAAACUAUGCAGAGUCGGAAGCUGAUAAGCUAGAUUACAUUUACAUCGCACCUAUCUUGUUUGUAUUAGCAGUGAAUAUAAUUUUUCUGGGCAGCAUAAUAUGGAUAUUAGUGACAAAGUUACGGUCAUCCCACAGUCUCGAAACAAAACAGCUGAGGAAAGCAGUUAAAGCAACAAUUACACUGUUUCCAUUGCUGGGCAUCACCUAUGUGAUAUUUAUCUGGCCACCAAGUGAUAACCACAUUUUUGUAGAAGUACACCAAUAUAUCAAUGCAUUUUUACAGUCGUUUCAGGGGUUCUUUGUUGCUUUGUUUUACUGCUUCUUAAAUGGAGAGGUGCAGACUGUUAUAAAGAAGAAAAUAACAAAUUGGGUGGAAUCGAGAGCAAAUUAUUCUUUAAUUACUAGGUUAAGACGGUCUUGAAGAAAAAACUCAAAAUAUUCCAAGACACUCGGGCUUUAAGCACAAGAUACACAAAGACAUCGAUGGUUCAAGAUAUGAGUGUCGUUGGUAGAGACAGUAUAGCACCAACAAAUGGUAAACUCACUUCCGGUAGGAAUGGAUUCCGUUUUAUGUCGAAUUCACAACGACUCAAUGAUGAUGAACAGGCAGAAAGUGAAAAUAUGUUGUGAAAACGGAGAACUAAAAUAUCAGUUUGGUACGUCCAAAACUUUGUUAGUAAAAGAAGGGCAAGUUGUGGGCAAACGAUCUUUAAAUUCGUUGCUGAAAAGACCCUUAGUUUGGUACUGACUAUAAAGUAUGGCCGCAAAAAACUAUGACAUAAAAAAACGUGAGUAAAAAGAAGGAAUCAUUCAACUGAAUUAACAUCAUCGCAUAUUGUUUUUAUUGGUGUUCUGGAAUAAUUUAUUGAUAUUUAUACAUUCAGAAUGAUCAACGUUGACUAUCGUUGUCUUUGUGUCUACAUGCAAUGACCACGGAUUAAACAAAUAGAAAACACUCUGUAAAUAUAUAAACUGAAGAGUCUUGUAUCUUCAUAUAGUGUAUAAUAUAACAAAUUUGAUACUAUUUAAUAGUCAGAAGUGCACAAAAUAAUACUUAUUGAUUGCUUACUAACCAUAGACAAAAAGCAGUUCAUACAAUGUAAUACACUUCAAAUGUAUAUAUCUCAUAAACAUGUACAUUUCACAAGCUGACGAUGGUUUGCUAUUAUUCAUGGAUUAUUAAGACUAAUACUAGUGAGAACUGUUAUAACCUGUAUUAACUUGUCCACAAAUUCGGUUCAAGAAGAAAAAUAAGAUUUAUUGUCAAUUCUACCUGACUACUUCUGGUAAAUGUUUUGAACAUGUGCAACAUCCUGAUGUAUUGCUAUGUAAAGGGUGUUAUGAUACGUAAUUAUAUACCGUGGCCAACCUAAUUAAACUUCACUGGGUUUGUAACUAUAUGAGCAACAUUACUGGUACCACACGAAUAGGAGGAUCUGCUAAAUUAACGGAUUACUUGAGAUCCCCCACAAGUUUUGGUAGGGUUUGUGCUGCCAAGUAUUUGAUUUUCUAUGCUGUGAUUUGUAAACUGUUGUUAUUCUUGUGGUCAGACGACUUCUUUUAUGAUUUAUUGCCCUUAAUUGACGAAUUUUACUUUUUCCAUUUUUGUCAACUUUUAUGAAUACUCAAAUAGUUAUAGAGAUACAUAUGAAAACAAAUAUUAUCAAUAAGACUAAACGUAAAAUAACAAAAACUACGAACUCCGAGUAUAAUUCAAAAAAGAAAGUUUCUAAAAAUCAAAAUCAAAGCUCUAACACAUUAAACGAAUUGAUAACAACUUUCAUAUUCCUGGCUUAGUACAAGCAUUUACGUAUGUCGAAAAUUGUGCAUUAAACCUGUAUGAAAGCAUAAAAUUCCA